AUGAGUCACGUUUUAGACGGAUUGGAGUGUGCGGAUCGUAGACUGUCAUCACUUACACUUGAUGAUUACCGCAAAGAAGGCGCGGAUUGUCUUUUGGUUGUGGCCGACUUUGACUACACGUUAACUGCUCGUAGGGGAGAAAAUGGUGAACCAGGUUGCUUGACACAUCAGUGUUUUGAUGCGAGUAAACUACUGGAAAAAAACAGUACCAUUGAAGAAAUGGUCAGUUAUAUUGAAUUUGAUCAGUUUCAUGAUAUCGUAUACGUUCCUUUGACUGGUUACUUCUAUGUCUUUCCCAUACCUAAAUUCCCUUUGCCGUGCAUAUUUUAAGC